AUCCCAGUUUAGUAGCGCAGAAACGAAAGUGAAAGCUGGGGGAGUGAUUUAACACUGUAAAUUGCCGUUCCAGUCAUUUCCUUAUUAGUGAUCAGACGUGUCAGGAUGGAGGAAUAUCCUUACCCGAUCGUUGUUGAGGGGAACUGGAAGCCUGAAAAUGCAAAAGGUUUAAAAAACAAACUCCAGAUUUACUUUCAAAGUAGGAAGAAAUCCCAUGGAGGAGACUGCGUCGUACAAAUCAAUGAAAACAGUGCUACAGUUGGGUUUAAAUCAUCGGAGAUCCGAGAUGACGUCCUCUCUAAAACGGAUCACGUGAUAAUUGUUGACAACGCCGAAUUCAAGUUAAAAGUGAGCGAAUUCAGCAAUGCAUCAAAAGAGCCAGACAACAGCGUACAGCUGAAAGAUGAAGCAUCUGGAUAUCAAGAACCCAUUCAAAGUGCACCUCCGACCGGAAAUGAUCCGGAUGUAAAGAACCCUGAAGAGUCACUUGCUGUAGUUCUGGAAAAUGUUGCAGAUGACACUACAAAAAAUAUUUUGUCUCUUUUGGUGGAGUCUGUCAGUGGUCUUUCUGAAAAGGACUUUACUGUGGACUUAAUGCUAGAAUUAAACACAGCAGUUGUGACUUUUAAAAGCCCCAGUGCUGUAGGGAAGUUUCUUGAGGAGAGCAGGACACACAGAAAGUUCAAGGACUAUGGUCUGAAGGCCCGCGCCUUGGAGAGAAGCACAUGUAUAAGGGUGGAGAAUCUUCCAUCUGAUGCCAAUAAGAUGCUGCUGGAGUUGUAUUUUGAAAAAUGGGGUGGUCCGAUACAAGAAAUCAUCACAUUGCCAAUGGAGAAAGCGGCCAUUAUAACAUUUAAGAAUGAAGAAGAUAAGGAAAAGAUAUUGAAGAAAGAGCAUAUCAUCAGUGAUGUUCCAGUCAAGAUCCAUCACUAUUAUAAAUCCUUGGGUACAGCACUGUAUGGCAGCAACAGACCAACAUGGAAACUACCUAAACCUUUCAAAGUCGAUAUACAUCCUGCCAUCAGGGAGUUUCUCCUCAAGAAAAAUCUCAUUUCCUCUAUCAGUGAUAAGAUGAGCUCACAUUUCUGCAAAAUAAACAUAGACAAACCUAAAGUUCUGCUCAAACCUGAUCCAGCAUUGUUGCAACAGAAAGGUUUAACCAGAAAACAUGUUGAUGGUUGGAGAAAGAAUGCAUCAGAUGUCUUUGAAAGCAUUAUAUCCAACUAUAAAGCAUUUGAGUUGCCAGUAUUGUACUCCUUGUGGACCAAAGUGAAGGAUAAUAUAGAGGAAGUGGUGAAAAAUCUGGUUCUUACACAUAUGGAUUCAUCUAAAGGGGUCCUAACAGUGGCAGGUUUGGCUCAUGAUGUAAAUGACCUGAGACCCCUCCUGGUGAAAAUGUUAGAGCGAGCAUCAGCUCAAAUGGAGAAAGAGAGGAGCAGUGUCACAGAAGACAUGGAGAUGACACCUGGCAUGUACUCCCUGCUUCUACAAGAUGGUCUGCAAAACGCUACAGCUGCUUUUCCACAACUGCGCCUUGAUUACAACAAGAAAAUGAACAAAUUACAUUUAUCAGGUGUUAAAACUGAAAUUCUCGUCGUCAAGAAUUGGAUCCUUGAGAAGCAAAUAAAUAUGAAACAGACGCCUUUAAAAAUUUAUCGUUCAUUACUGGAGUUCUUAAGAUCGGUGGAUUGUGAUGAGAUGUCCAAAGACCUGUUUGUGUCUCAUGGAAUAAGUGCUGUAUACACGGUAGAAAAUGGAGUUCUUGUUUUGAUUGGAAGCACAGACCGAGCACUUUCUGAGGCACAGAAGAGGUUGAACAUGGUUCUUGAGUCUAAAGAUGUCAUUGUAGAAGAUCAGGGUGUGCUUGCAUUGCCACAGUGGCAUGAUCUCUUUAAACAAGUGCAAAGUUUGUACAGCACAUCCAAAAAGAGGACAGUGUUUAUAAACACAACACAAAGAGACAGAAUAAUAGUAUCUGGAUUUAGGGAACCAGUGAUAGAGAUCAGCCAGACAUUAGGAGACUUUAUUAAGAAACACACAAGAAUUGAAGAUGCUGUCUGUGUGAAGUCACAUGCAGUGGUUGAAUUCAUAAAAGAGAGAAAAUCGCAGGACUGGCAGCAUUUUCUAAAGUCCAAUAAGGUGACAGUGCAUUUCGAUUUAAAAAGAUCCCAGAUCAAAGUCUCUGGAGAGGGAAUGUUUGUCCAGGAAGCUAUGACCUUUUUUAAAAAGAUGGCAGAUGCUCUCUGCACUGACACACUGACCAUUAAAAAGGCAGGAGCAAAAAAAUACUUCAAGGAAGGUGGUCAACUAAUGUUGUCAUUGCUCAUGAAGGAAAACAGAUUUGUGGUUGUGCUCCAGGAAGAUCACAUGCUGGAGGAGGAGAAUUCCAAGAAAGGUAGUUUUGAAGAUUUUGUGGAGAUUGGUGAGGUUCGGAUGCCGGGUGGAGUAACCGUUAAAGUCAGCAAGGCAGACAUUUGCACGCUAAAAGUUGAUGCUGUGGUGAACGCAGCUAAUGAAGAUCUGCAGCACAUUGGUGGAUUAGCCCUGGCACUUCUUCAAGCUGCUGGACCAGAUCUGCAGGACUGCUGUAACCAGUACAUCAAAAUGAAUGGACGUUUGAGGCCCGGAGAUGCCAUAAUCACUGAGGCUGGUCGUCUUCCCUGUAAAUAUGUAGUGCAUGCUGUUGGACCUCGAUAUAACAGUUCAGACAGACCUGGUGUAGUGCAACGUCUACGAAGUGCUGUGAGGGAAAGUUUAAAUCUGGCUUCAAGCAAACACUGCUCUUCCAUUGCAAUUCCUGUUAUCAGCUCAGGGAUAUUCGGCUGUCCUCUCGAACUAUGCACAGAUACAAUUGCCAGGGUGGUGCAGGAGUUCAUUAAUGAUCAGUACCGCAUUGGCUCACAAAGUAAACUUAUUAAGAUUCACUUGGUUGACAGUAAUGACACCAAUGUCAAUGCCAUGGCUCAAGCUGUCGGAAAGUACUUUGCUGAUUUUAGACCCAAAAUGAAUGUCCCUCAUCAAAACAAGCCUAGUGGCCGUGGCAGUUAUGUACACAGAGGUAGGGGCAAUCGUGGUCGUGGCCGAGGAAAUCACAAACAAAGAAGCCAAGAGUCUGGAAAUCACAAUUAUGAGCCAAAACAACAUGGUAAUAGAGACUUUGAAAGAGAAGAAACCAACUUUUCUGGUGGCAGAUCAGAGGGGUUUGAUGGGUCGAGUGUUCUUGACACCAAAACUACACAUAUCAGACUACAACUCUUUUUGACAGAAGGGAACAUCCAGGAUGCAAAGACUGAUGUCAUUGUAAACACUAUAUCAGAAGACCUGGACCUCAGUAAAGGUGCCAUUUCCAAGGCGCUCCUUCAGGCUGCCGGUCAUCAACUCCAAAAAGAGGUCACUACAGCUGUUCAUGCAAGCAGGCUGAAUCAUGGAAAGAUGGUCAUCACAGAUGGGUAUAACCUGAAAUGUAAAAGAGUCUUUCAUGUAGUUUGCCCAUUUUGGCAAGGUGGUCAUGCCUCAGAAGGCAAGGUACUCGGUCAGAUCAUUAGAGAUUGUCUGAAAGAAGCAGAUGCUCUGCAGAUGGCUUCGGUCUCCUUCCCAGCUAUUGGUACUGGAAUCCUUGGCUUUCCUAAGGAUCUGGUGGCCAGGAUCAUACUGAGCGAAGUCCAAGAAUUCACUCCUCAAAACCUCAGAGAAAUAAGUGUGAUUGUGCACCCAUCUGACAAACAAAGUUUAGAUUCCUUUACCGGAAUCUUCAGACCUUGGAUUCAGAGUCCCAUCACAAAAGGAGCACAUCAGCAUCUUAUGCCUGAAACAAAACCUUUUGAUAAGUCGGCACAGGCAUCUGGGGAUUUUGGCAAAGUCUCCACUCCCUCUCAUGGGGUGAUCACUAUGCAGAUAGGUCAAGUGACUCUGGAGAUUUCAUCCGGAGACAUAACUAAAGAAAAAACUGACGCAAUCGUCAACUCUUCAAAUCACAAAUUUUCUUUGAAAACAGGAGUAUCAAAGGCAAUUUUAGAUGCUGCUGGAUUACAAGUAGAACAGGAAUGUUUACAGAUUGUUGCGAGUGGUGCACCAAAUUUACAGCAAACAGAGAUUGUGACCUCAGCUGGGAAGCUCCCAUGUGGAAAAAUCAUCCAUAUCAUUGGACGUAAUACACCUUCCGAAAUUAAAGAUGUUGUUUUGUCUGUUCUGAAGAUAUGUGAGGCAAACCGACUGUCCUCUGUCGCCUUUCCGGCUCUUGGAACUGGUCAGGGUGGAGCAAAACCAGCUGAUGUUGCAGAUGCAAUGGUUGAUGCUGUUGUUGAAUUCGUAAAGAAAAAUAAACCAACGAAUGUAAAACUGGUAAAGUUCCUCAUAUUCCAGACGAGCAUGGUGGCAGAUUUUCACCAAAGCAUGCGCAAACGAUCAGCUGAAAAAUUGGAGGAGGACAAAAGCUUUGUGGACAAAAUGAAAAACAGGACAAAAGAAUUAUUUUUGGGUGAAUCUCCCAAAAAUGAAGAGUUGGUGAUGGUGGUCGAGGGAAUUGAACCAGCCGUGUUACAGCUGUGUGGGGAGACCGCACAGGACUUGAAUAAAGCCAGGGAUAUGGUCAACAACUUGAUAUCAAGAGAGUUUCAAAACACUACAAUCCGUGAUCCGGCUAUUGGUCAUUUCACCAAAGAAGAUGCAGAAAUGUUGAGCGCAAUGCAGAGAGAGCUUGAUGUGAGCAUCAAACUUGAGAGGAAAGAACAAGACUCUGCUAUCACAUUGGAGGGACUGACGAAAGAUGUCCACACUGCUGAGAGUCGCAUUCGGGACAUGAUCCGUAAGGUGGAAAGGAUUGAAAGCAGAAGGCAUGAAGCAUUUCUCAUCAGCAGUGUGGUUGAGUGGAAAUAUCUGGCGAGUGGGCAGAACCUGAAAAGCUUUGAUAUGCUGACCAAUUAUGACCUGGAAAAAGUAUUUCAGAACAAAGACAUCUUUGUGAAAAUCAAAAUUGAUAAUGAUGAAUACACGGCCGAUUUAGUUCGUCUACAGGCCACAAGAGGGAGUCGGCGGAUUGAAUUACAAAGAGUAGAUUUGUCAGCUGCUCAAUAUUCUUUACCUUCACACUGGGAGGACAUGAAGGGACAGCCGGUAGUUCUGGCAAAACUCACAGCAGGCUCCACAGAAUAUGCAGAAGUAGAUAAAGAGUUCAGGAGAACUGGACUGACUUCUAACAUUAUUCAAAUUGAAAGAAUGCAGAACAGCACACUUUGGAAAAACUACAUGAUCAAAAAGGAAGAACUGGAAUCCAAGAACAAGCAUCAAAACAACGAGAAGCUCCUCUUUCACGGCACUGGCCCUGCUAGUACUGAUCAAAUCAAUCAUCAUGGCUUCAAUCGAAGCUACGCAGGAGCACAUGGAGCCCUGUAUGGGAAUGGUACAUAUUUUGCUGUGGACCCAAGUUACUCGGCCCAAGGCUACUCUAAACCUGAUGCCAGUGGACACAAACGCAUGUACCUGGCCAGGGUGCUUGUUGGCGACUUUACUCAAGGAAAAGCAGGCAUGCUUGUUCCUCCUGCGAAAAGCUCCAACAGUGCUGAUCUCUAUAACAGUGUGACCGAUGACACAAACAACCCUUCCUUGUUUGUCAUUUUCAAUGACGUACAGGCUUACCCAGAAUACCUCAUCACAUUUCAGUAUUAUCAGUUGUUGGCUAUACACUAUACAGUAGACAUUGCUAGUCAUUCCUUAUCACUGUUUAGAAGUGUCAGGAUGGAUGGAUAUACUUAUCCUAUCGUUGUGGAGGGGAACUGGAAGCCUGAACUUACAAAAAGUUUAAAAAACAAACUCCAUAUUUAUUUUCUAAGUAAGAAGAAAUCUCAGGGAGGAGACUGCGUCGUAGAAAUCAAUGAAAAGAGCAGCACUGCUACGGUUCAGUUUAAAUCAUCGGACACCCGAGAUGACGUCCUCUCCAAAGCGGAUCACGUAAUAAAUGUCGAUAAUGUCGAUAUCAAGUUAAAACUGAGCAAACCCAGCAAUGCAUGGAAAGAGCCAGACAACAGCAUACAGCUGGAAGAGCAAUCAUCUGGAUAUCAAGAACCCAUUCCAAGUGCACCUCCAGCCAGAAGUGAUCUGUAUCUGAAGACCCUUGAAGAGUCAUUUUCUGUACUUCUGGAAAAUGUUGUAGAUGACACUACAAAAAAUAUUUUGUCUCUUUUGGUGGAGUCUGUCAGUGGUCUUUCUGAAAAGGACUUUACCAUGGAAUUAAUACUAGAAUUAAACAAAGCAGUCGUGACCUUUAAAAGCCCCAUUGCAGGAAAGUUUCUUGAGGAGAGUAAGACACACAGAAAGUUUAAGGACUAUGGUCUGAAGGCCCGUGCCCUGGAGAGGAGCACAUGUAUAAGGGUGGAGAAUCUUCCAUCUGAUGCCAAUAAGAUGCUGCUGGAGUUGUAUUUUGAAAAAUGGGGUGGUCCGGUACAAGAAAUCAUUGAAUUUCCAAAAGAGCAAGCAGCCAUUAUAACGUUUAAGAAUGUAGAAGACAAGGAAAAGGUGUUGAAGAUAGGGCAUACCAUCUGUAAUGUUCCAGUCAAGAUUCACCCCUACUAUAAAUCCUUGGGUACAGCACUGUAUGGGAGCAACAGACCAACAUGGAAGCUACCUAAACCUUUCACAGUUAGUCUACAUCCUGCCAUCAGGAAGUUCCUGCUCAUGAAAAAGCUUGUUUCUUUUAUCAGUAAUAAAAUGAGCUCACAUUUCUGCAAAAUAAACAUUGACAAACCUGAAGUUCUGCUCAGUCCUGAUCCAGCGUUGCUGAAACAGAAAGGUAUAACCAGAAAACAUGUUGAUGGCUGGAGAAAGAAUGUAUCAGAUGCCUUCGAAGAGAUUGUAUCUAAGUAUACAACAUUUGAGUUGCCAGUAUUGCACCCCUUGUGGACCAAAGUGAAGGAUAAUAUAAAGGAUGUUGUGAAAGAUCUGGUUUUUACAGAUAUGAAUAAAGGGGUCCUAACAGUGGCAGGUCGGGCCCAUGAUGUAAAUGACCUGAGACCCCUCCUGGAGAAAAUAAUAGAGCGAGCAUCAGCUCAAAUGGAGAGAGAGAAGAGCAGUGUCACAGAACACAUAGAAAUGACACCUGGCAUGUACUCCCUGCUUCUACAAGAUGGUCUGCAAACCGCUACAGCUGCUUCUCCACAACUGCGCCUUAAUUACAACAAGAAAAUGAACAAAUUACAUUUAUCAGGUGUUCAAACUGAAAUUCUCGUCUUCAAGAAUUGGGUCCUUGAGAAGAAAUUAAAUAUGAAACAGAUGCGUAUAAAGAUUAAUCGUUCAUUACUGUUGUUCUUGAGAUCGGUGGAUUGUGGUGAGAUGUCCAAAGACCUGUUUGUGUCUCAUGGAAUAAGUGCUGUAUACACGGUAGAAAAUGGAGAUCUUGUUUUGAUUGGAAGCACAGAUCGAGCACUUUCUGAGGCACAGAAGAGGUUGAAUAUGGUUCUUGAAUCUAAAGAUGUCAUUGUAGAAGAUCAGGGUGUGCUUGCAUUACCACAGUGGCAUGAUCUCUUUAAACAACUGCAAAGUUUGUACAGCACAUCCAAAAAGAAGACAGUGUUUAUAAACACAACACAAAGAGACAAAGUAAUAGUAUCUGGAUUUAGGGAACCAGUGAUGGAGAUCAGCCAGACAUUAGGAGACUUCAUUGAGAAACACACUAGAAUUGAAGAUGCUUUCCGUGUGAAGUCGCAUGCAGUGGCUGAAUUUAUUGAACAGCGAAAAUCACAGGACUGGCAGCGUUUUCUUAAGUCUUAUCAGGUGACGGUGCAUUUCGAUUCAAAGAGACCCUGGAUCAAAGUCUCUGGAGAGCGAAUGUUGGUUCCAGAAGGUAUAAAGUUCUUUAAAAAGAUGGCAGAUGCUCUCUGCACUGACACACUGAUCAUUAAAAAGGCAGGCGCAAAGAAAUACUUCAAGGAAGGUGGUCAACUAAUGCUGCCUUUGCUCAUGAAGGAAAACAGAUUUAUGGUUGUACUCCAGGGAGAUCACAUGAUAGAAGAUGAUGAGGAGAAUUACAAUAAAGGUAGUUUUGAAGAUUUUGUGGGGUCCUGUGAGGUUCGGACUCCAGGUGGAGUAACCAUUAUAGUCAGAAAGGCAGACAUUUGCACGCUAAAAGUUGAUGCUGUGGUGAACGCAGCUAAUGAAGAUCUGCAGCACAUUGGUGGAUUAGCCCUGGCACUUCUUCAAGCUGCUGGACCAGAUCUGCAGGACUGUUGUAACAGGUACAUUAAAAUGAAUGGACGUUUGAGGCCCGGAGAUGCCAUCAUCACUGAGGCUGGUCGUCUUCCCUGUAAAUAUGUAGUGCAUGCUGUUGGACCUCGAUAUAACAGUUCAGACAGACCUGGUGUAGUGCAACGUCUAAUAAGUGCUGUGAGGGAAAGUUUAAAGCAGGCGUCAGGCAAACACUGCUCUUCCAUUGCAAUUCCUGUUAUCAGUUCAGGGAUAUUUGGCUGUCCUCUCAUACUAUGUACAGAAACAAUUGCCAGGGAGUUGCGGGAGUUCAUUGAUGAUCAAACCCGCAGUGGCUCACAAGAUAAACUCACUGAGAUUCACUUGGUUGACAGUAAUGGCACCACUGUGAAUGCCAUGGCUCAAGCUGUCAGAAAGUACUUUGCUGAUUUCAUCCCCAAAAUGAACGUUCCUCAUCAAAGUAAGCCCAAUGGCCGUGGCAGUUAUGUACACAGAGGAAGAGGCAAUCGUGGUCGUGGCCGAGGAUAUCACGGACAAAGAGGCCAAGAGGUUGGAAAGCACAAUUAUGAGCAAACAAACCAUGGUAGAGACUUUGAAAGACAAGCACAAUGGAAAGAAGAAACCAACUUUUCUGGUGGCAGUUCAGAGGGGUUUGAUGGGUUGAGUGUUCUUGAAACCAAAACUACACAAGGUGGACUACACCUCAUUUUGAGCAAAGGGAACAUCCAGGAUGCAAAGACUGAUGUCAUUGUAAACACUGUAUCAGAAGACCUGGACCUCAGUAAAGGUGCCAUUUCCAAGGCGCUCUUUCAGGCUGCUGGAUCUCAACUCCAAAAAGAGGUCACUACAGCUGUUCAUGCAAGCAGGCUGAAUUAUGGAAAGAUGGUCAUCACAGAUGGGUAUAACCUGAAAUGUAAAAAAGUCUUCCAUGUAGUUUGCCCAUUUUGGACUGGUGGUCAAGCCUCAGAAGAUAGGGUACUCGGUCAGAUCAUUAGAGAUUGUCUGAAAGAAGCAGAAACUCUGCAGAUGACUUCAGUCUCCUUCCCAGCUAUUGGUACUGGAAACCUUGGCUUUCCUAAGGAUCUGGUGGCCAGGAUCAUACUGAGCGAAGUCCAGGAAUUCACCGCUAAAAACCUCAGAGAAAUAACUGUGAUUGUGCACCCAUCUGACAAACAAAGUUUAGAUUGCUUUACCAGAAUCUUCAGACAUGGGAUUCAGAGUCCCAUCACAAAAGGAGCACCUCACCGUAUUAUGCCUAAAAUAAAACCAUUUGAUAAGUCGGCACAAGCGUCUGAGCUUUUUGGCAAGGUCUCCACUCCCUCUCAUGGGGUGAUCACUAUGCAGAUGGGUGAAGUGACUCUGGAGAUUUCAUCAGGAGACAUAACUAAAGAAAAAACUGAUGCAAUUGUCAACUCCUCAAAUCACACAUUUUCUUUGAAAACAGGUGUAUCAAAGGCCAUUUUAGAUGCUGCUGGAUUAGAAGUAGAACAGGAAUGUUUACAGAUUGUUGCGAAUAGUGCACCAAAUUUACACCAAACAGAGAUUGUGACCUCAGCUGGGCAACUACCAUGCGGAAAAAUCAUCCAUAUCAUUGGUUGUAAUACACCUUCCCUUAUUAAAGAUGUUGUUUUGUCUGUUCUGAAGAUAUGUGAGGCAAACCAACUGUCCUCUGUCGCCUUUCCAGCACUUGGAACUGGUCAGGGUGGAGCAAAACCAGCUGAUGUUGCAGAUGCAAUGGUUGAUGCGGUUGUUGAAUUUGUGAAGAAAAAUAAACCAACGAAUGUAAAGCUGGUAAAGUUCCUCAUAUUCCAGACGAGCAUGGUGGCAGAUUUUCAACAAAGCAUGCUUAAACAAUCAGGAGAAAAAUUGGAAGAGGACAAAGGCUUUGUGGACAAACGUAAAAACUGGACAAAAGAAUUAUUUUUGGGAGAAUCUCCCAAAAAUGAAGAGUUGGUGAUGGUGGUUGAAGGAAUUGAACCAGUCGUGUUUCAGCUGUGUGGGGAGACCAAACAGGACUUGAAUAAAGCCAGGGAUAUGGUCAACAACUUGAUAUCAAGAGAGUUUCAAAACAUUACAAUCCGUGAUCCGGCUAUUGGUCAUUUCACCAAAGAGGAUGCAGAAAUGCUGCGCGCAAUGCAGAGAGAGCUUGACGUGAGCAUCAAACUUGAGAGGAAAGAACAAGACUCUGCUAUCACAUUGGAGGGACUGACGAGAGAAGUCCACACUGCUGAGAGUCGCAUACGGGACAUGAUCCGUAAGGUGGAAAGGAAUGAAAACAAAAGGCGUGAGGCGUUUUUCGUCAGCAGCAAGGCUGAGUGGAAAUAUCUGGCGAGUGGGCAGAACCUAAAAAGCUUUGAUAUGCUGACCAAUUAUGACUUGGAAAAAGCCUUUCAGAACAAAAACACCUCUGUGAAAAUCAAAAUUGAUAAUGAUGAAUACACGGCCGAUUUAGUUAGUCUACAGGCCACAAGAGGGAGUAAGCAGAUUGAAUUACAAAGAGUAGAUUUGUCAGCUGCUCAAUAUUCUUUACCUUCACACUGGGAGGAUAUGAAGGAACAGCUGGUAGUUCUGGUAAAACUCACAGUAGGCUCCACAGAAUAUGCAGAGGUGGAGAAAGAGUUCAGGAGAACUGGACUGACUUCUAACAUCAUUCAAAUUGAAAGAAUGCAGAACAGCACACUUUGGAAAAACUACAUGAUCAAAAAGGAAGAACUGGAAAUUAAAAACAAGCAUCAAAACAACGAGAAGCUCCUCUUCCACGGCACUGCUCCUGAUAAUACUGAUCAAAUCAAUCAUAAUGGCUUUAACCGAAGCUACGCUGGAAUGAAUGGAGCCCUGUAUGGGAAUGGUACAUAUUUUGCUGUGGACCCAAGUUACUCAGCCCGAAGUUACUCUCAACCUGAUGCCAGUGGACACAAACGCAUGUACCUGGCCAGGGUGCUUGUUGGCGACUUUACUCAAGGAAAAGCACGCAUGAUUGUUCCUCCUGCAAAGAGCUCCAACAGUGCUGAUCUCUAUAACAGUGUGACCGAUGAUACAAACAACCCUUCCAUGUUUGUCGUUUUCAAUGACGUACAGGCUUACCCAGAAUACCUCAUCACAUUCCAGUAGAGUUGCUAAUUAGAUAUAUGCGUGUUAUGACAGUAUGUUUUGGAAAAUAAUAACAAUGAAGGGUGUGGGAACUUGCAUUGGCAUGACAAAAGUUUGAAAUUUGAAAGAUUUCUUAUUACGUUGCUGAAAUAUAAUCCUGAGAAAAACUGAGUAUUGUUUCAAAUCAUAUUUUGCUCUCUCAGUGAGAGUAGUAGAUUGGGAAUUCUGCUAAUAUAUAAUUUGUGCUUAAUAAAAGAAAGUCAUCUAGGUUUGGAAUGACU